CGAAAUCCGUACCCUAAACAUCUUCUAUUCAAAAUCUUACACAAGAUGGCUACCACAAAAUAUAAGCGUCUUGACAGAGAUGACUGCAUCUUCCUCUUUGUAGACCACCAGGCCGGCCUUAUUCAGCUCGUUCGAGACUUCAACCCCGAUGAAUUCCGCAACAAUGUCCUUGCUCUGGCCAAGGUAGCUAAGUAUUUUGGAGCUCCAUCUAUUUUGACUACGUCUUUUGAAACUGGACCCAACGGUCCUAUUGUAAAAGAACUACCUGAAACUUUGCCUGAGGCUCCGGUGAUUCGGCGGCCUGGUCAAAUUAAUGCAAUGGACAACGAGGAAUUUGCCGACCUAGUGAAGAAGUCUGGCAAGAAACAAGUUAUAGUUAGUGGCGUUUUGACAGAAAUUUGUGUUUCUUUUCCAGCACUGUCUUUAAUCGAGCAGGGAUAUGAAGUUUUUGUAGUUACGGAUGCCUCGGGAACGUUCGCUGAGCACACUCGUGAGGCUGCACAUAAACGUAUGGCGCAGCAAGGAGUUCAGCUGCUCAACUGGGUAGCUGUAGCAGCUGAGCUACAUAGAGAUUGGCGCCGAGAUAUCGAAGGAUUCGGAUCCAUCUGGGGCGAUCAUGUUCCAGGUUACUGGUGUCUUAUGCAAAGUUACAAUACUGCAAAACAAGGACAGUAAUUUUCAGAUAGUAAAGGAAAGUACAAAAAUUG